GGCCGUGUCGAUUUUGUGCUUGAGGUGAUCGAAAUCUUGUGAAUUUUGUGCUUGAGAUAGGACUCGUUGACCCGUUUUGUGAUAAUUAAUAUUUAUCAUGUCUAAUAGAAAGUGUUGUGUUCCCGGAUGUACAAAUGGCUUAGACACUACGGGUAUUUACAUAAAUUCCCUAAUCCAGAUAAGGAUAGGCAGCUAUUUAAUACAUGGGUCUUUCAUAUUGGUGGUGACAUUUUGCAACUUGAAAAUAACCAUAUUUUCAAAUACCGCCGCGUCUGUAAUGAUCAUUUCGAACCAAAAUAUUGGUGCCGGAAUAACCGACUUGCCAAAGGAGCUGUACCUACAAAAAACAUGCCAGGAUUAUCUUGCUCGAAAUUCAGCAUUGAAAAAGAGCACUAAGACCUCUUCAGAUUUCAGGACCGUCUACAUCAAAAGAACCUGCGCAUCUACAUAUACACUCACAAGGUUCAAUUGAAGAUGUACAAAUGAAAGAGAAUCUUGAUCCUGUCACUUCAGAAUCUCAGUCUGUACACAGUGAUAGACAGCCUCAUAGUGAAGAAGAAAAUGUUGAGGUGGUGAAAGAUCUUGUGCAUCGCAAAGUUAAAUGUGUUAGUAAGAAGGCGGUAAAACAGGUUGCUGUUACGAAAACUGAGCGUGCUCUGUAUCAGAAAAUGCUGCAAGUUGGUGUGAAACUCAGCAAAUGCCGUAGCAAGGUUAAAAAGCAGGCAAUCAAGAUCAAGGCCCUGCAAAAUAUUACUACAAACCCUCAAUUUUUAGAAACUCUAGACAAAAUGUCUAGCACAUCAAAAAUUUUAACUUUGCUGCAGUUCAGGGAGCACAAAAAGGAAAAAAGGCCGGCGUUUCACAUUAGAGGAAAAAUUGUAGCUUUGACUAUCCUCAAGCAAAGCCCAAAAGGAUACAGAUUCCUGAGGAAAAUCUUUAUCCUGCCAUCACGCCAAAUUUUAAUAAAAUUAAUUAAUAUGGCAGAUAUAAAUGCUGGUAUCAAUAAAAAUUUGAUGGCACAAAUAAAAAAAGCCACACUUAAAAUGAAACCAGAGCACAAAUUAUGUGUGGUUCUUUUGACGAAAUGUCACUAAAACCGAAUGUGGCAUACAAUGAAAGGAAGGACAGAGUGAGUGGGUUUGUAACCAAUGGGCAAGAGACACUGCCUGAGUAUGCAGAUCAUGCGCAGGUAUUUAUGAUAAGAGGACUUAUAAAAAAUUAUAAGCAACCCGUUGCAUACACAUUUUCUCAGUCUGCCACAAAGGGACCAGAACUGGCAAAACAAUUAAAGGCUGUCAUCACAGAACUACAAAAUGCUGGUCUUAAUGUGGUAGCAACAGUGUGCGACCAAGGAACAAAUAAUGUUAACUGCAUUAAAUUCUUGUUACAAGAAACAAGAGGUAUUCUGUUAAGAAAAUCAGAAGAACCUGAGGGAAAUAUUAUUUUAAUAAAUAAACAGGAAAUCAUUCCCUUGUAUGACCCACCUCACUUAAUGAAAUGUAUAAGAAAUAAUUUAAUAACGAAAAAUCUACUAUAUAAAAAAGACAACAAAAUGCUAAUGGCAAAGUGGGAACACAUAACUGCACUGCACCAAGAAAACCCAGGCUACAAAGGCAUAAGACUGGUGCCAAAAUUAACAGACUCCCACUGCAUUCCCAGUAAAAUUCCACGGAUGAAAGUUAAAUUUGCUACGCAACUAUUCAGCCAAACUGUAGCAUCAAAUAUGGGCUACCUAGCAGAAAAAGGAAUAAUCUCUCAAGAUGCGCAAAAUACAGCGGACGUCAUCUUGUUUUUUGACAAACUUUUUGACUCCAUUAACGGAAGCUUCGGGAAAAGGAAGCACAGUAAACCACUGCUGGGACCUGCGACGCCGAACUCAAUACAUCACAAAACAUGGAUGGAGGCAAAAAUAUUUUUAAAAAAUAUGAAAUUUGUGAAUGUAAAAACCUCGAAUGUGGAGUAUGUUCCCACCUUAAGUAACUGGGUAUGGACACUAGAAGGAAUAGAACUGCUUUUAAAAAAUUGCUGCGAAGUACGGAGUGACAUCGGUUUGGUUGCGGCAUCUGAAUCAGGAUCCAAUAGAAAAUUUUUUUGGAUCGAUAAGGAGUCAAGGAUGCCGCAACGUAAACCCUACUCCAGAUGGAUUUGAAGCAGCAUUUAGCAGCCUUUAAUAAACAGCCUAUCUAGUGUCCAUGCCCCAGGGACAAAUUGUGAGGCAGAUAAUUGCCACGCUUUGCAUGAAGUUCUCAUCACAAGCGGGCCUGCAAAGAACAAAUAAAUUGUGAGCUCUCUGAGAUUCCGGACAUUGAAUUUACAGCCCUUGAAGACAAAAGCGACCCCCGUAUAAUUGGGGGGCUACAAUAUGUUAGCGGUUAUUUUAUUAAAACCGCUAAGAAGAAAGUCUUCAAGGGUUGUAGUGAAUGUAAAAAAAAUUUAAUGUCCGAUCAGGAACACGAUUAUUUAAAAUAUAGAGAGUAUGCUAAUAAAAAAUGGCUUUGCAGUCCCAGCGACUCUCUCUUAAAUUGUGUUUCGAAUCUGCAGGAUAUAAAUUACACAAUAAUUAAAAAAUGUUUGGAAAAAAAAUAUUUAAAAGAUUUCAUCAAAACAUUAAUAUUUAUACAUUUGAAAUUCGAUUUCAUAAAAUGUGAAAUUCAUAAAGAAAAAUUAAUAGACUUUUUAAUCAAUAUAUCCUGCAGAUUCUUUAUUUACAAUUACUGUAAAGAUAUUAAUAAAAUAUUAAUAAAUAGGAGAGAGUGUGAUGAUGAUACGGAUUCCUAUAAGCUAAAAGCGAAAAAAUUAUACAUGAAAUGUUUUAAAAGAAAAAAAUAAAUUAUAUUAAAGGUUA